AUGCAGAGUGCGGCGGCGGUCGAUGUGUUGAUGUUACUAGCAGCCUUUGCAGUCACAAUCACAUACGUCGCCGGGCUGAACCCGCCUGGGGGGUUCUGGACCAGCACCCAGGAAGGCCAUCGUUUGAGCGACCCGGUGUUACAAGCCCGUAACCGGUACCGCGUCUUCUUCAUUUGCAACACCACUUCAUUUGUCGUGUCCCUGCUCAUCAUUGUGUUGCUCCUGGAGAAGAAGCUGCUCGGGAAGAAGAAGUUGAGGCUUGUGGCGCUCUGCGGGUUGAUCGUCGUCGCCCUGCUGGGCCUCAUGGGGGCCUAUGCUGCUGGGAGCUUCAGAGAGGCUAGCAAAACUGUCUUGGUCCUUGCUGUUCCUGUCUGCGUAUGCCUCCUGCUGGCGCUUGUUUUCAUUUGGGGAUCACUGGUGGACCGGCUUGAUUCUGUCUUCACACGGUUCAAGCAACUGGUCAAGAUUCCUUCAGGUACAUGCACAGGCACGAAUGUUGACCUACAUGAACAGAUCACUCGUGAUCUUGUUAUGCUCCUUGCUACUCUUGUGGUGACCAUCACUUACCAAGCAGGACUAGAUCCGCCUGGCGGCCUUUGGCUAGAUGACCGAGAUGGUCAUAAUAUCGGUCACCCAGUGCUCCAAACGACACAUCCUACUAGGUACAGAGUGUUCUUCUAUAGUAACUCGGCAGCUUUCGUCACAUCCUUGGUGGUCAUCAUGAUGCUCCAGAGCAAGUUUCUGCUCAACCGGCACACACUAGAAGCAACCCUAGUGCUGGACCUAUUCGGCCUCAUCACUGCCUAUGGCGCCGGGAACACUAGGGAGGUAACCCAGUCCAUCUACAUUGUCGCCUUGGCAGGAAUUGUCCUAGUCUAUGUCAUCGUCCAUAUCACCAUUAGAGAUCAUGACGCUGAGCCAGUGGAUGAUGAAGAAGUAAAGCAUCUCGAUGACAAGCGCAAGGUACUGUUGCUGGUCGCUGUCUUGGCUGCCACCCUCACAUACCAAGCUGGCCUCACCCCGCCAGGUGGCUUCUGGUUAGCAGAUGACCGAGAACUCGGUCACCGUGCGGGUUUCCCAAUCCUCCUUGACAAUUACACUCGCCGUUACAACACAUUCUUUUACUGCAACGCAGCAAGCUUCAUGGCGUCGGUAACCCUCAUCCUUCUUCUUGUCAAUCCAAAGCUAUACAGGCCAGGCAUACGUUGUCGUGCGCUCUAUGUGUGCAUGCUGGUGGGCAUGUUUGGCCUCAUGGGUGCCUACGCUGCUGGAAGCUCCCGGAACCUCAAGACCUCCGUCUAUGUAUUGACCUUGGUUGGUGCUGUGCUAGCCUUCAUAGCCUCGCUGCUAGCCAUUUUCUUGUUGGGGCCUUAUCUCAAAUCCCAAGAAGGUAGAGAUUUCUGCUUCGUCCCUUUUGGCAAAUCUCAAAAAGGUACAGAUGUGCAAGUUGUAGUAGGUCAUAGAAGUAGCAAAUCCCGUGAAGGUACAGAUGGGCAAGUUGCAGCAGGUCAUAGCAGCAACAAAUCCCAUGAAGGCACAGAUGGGAAAGCUGAAGCAGGUCAUAGCAGCGGCAACAAAAAUAGCAGCAAAAAGAAAGAAAAACUUCAAUACUUGAUGCUGCUUGGGAUCCUGGCUGCAAGUAUGACAUACCAGACUGGCCUAAAACCACCGGGUGGCCUAUGGCAGGACAACAAUGAUGGGCACUAUGCUGGCAACCCCAUUCUCCGUGACAUCAACAAGGACCGGUACAAUGCUUUCUUCUACAGCAACUCGGCCUCCUUCAUGGCCUCAAUUGUGGUUGUCGUCAUGCUGCUUCCAUUGACGUUGUUGCCCGAGAAAUACACAAUAGAGUCAUCCGAGAAAGACACAAACCUGUCCAAGAAAGACGCAGAGACACCCGACGAAGACACACAGUCGCUUGACAAAGUCCUGAACUUGCCCAAAGAAGAGACAGAGUUGCCUGACGUAGUCCCAAAGUCAGCCGAGGAAGACCCGAAGCUGCCCGAAAAAGACACAUGGCCACUCUGGCCGAUGCAUACGGCCAUCUUGCUGGACAUGAUGGGCCUCCUGGUGGCAUACGCAGCAGGCAGUACUAGGAAAUGGGAAACAUCCAGGAACACCAUGGUCCUCGCCGUUCCUGUGUUGGCCUACAUUGGGCUCUAUGUAGCACUGUCAGUCUUCCGCCAUAGAAAAGAAGAGUCCACAGCCCCCCCACCUGCGGUACAGCCGUGGAAUCAUUGCAAGACGUGCAUGAGUGUUGGGUCAACCUUGGUCUUCCGGUGCACACAACGGCAGCAGCAGCAUUUACGUCUCAGAUGCAUGCAUGGCUGCAUGUCGGCACGGCAGCAAGUAAAAAUCUUUUUACUAGCAAGAGCAGCAGGCGUGCCUUAGUAGCUAAGUAGUAAGAGGUCAGCAGUGACGUAGUUCACUUGUUUGACGUCAGCCUAUGCGUAGUAUAGUCGGUUCAUUACACUAUAUAUAGGGCCGAUGCCCAUCGUUGUAAGCAAGGCCAUUUCAUUUCUAUCCAGCCAAGUCUCAAGUGUAGUACUACUACAUAUGUGUGCGUGUGUGUAAGCAGCACUUGCAAGUGUGCUUUGCCAUUCUGCUUGUUGCUUCGGUAGUAUACUUGAGUGCAAGUAGUAGUAGGCUAGUACCACACAGCCGCUGCCCUGUGUAGUUCAUCUCAUCCUCGACUUCGUCCGAUCCUAAGCAGCCAGCUACUCUGUACGUAGUUCGGGCUAACAAUGAGGAGCUGCAGGUGUGUAAAUUUGUAAUCAAGUUUGGCUCAACUGCGAGCAUGCUGUGUACAUUCCAGAUAUCGAGUCGAUUAUUCAUAUGUAUUUCAGCGUGAUGGCCCGUUGCAGCAUAACAAUAUAUGCAUCUUCUGUGCUGUAGCCCAUUGAAUCAAUACAGAGGCCUUUUUUGUGACAAAA